CUCUGAAGAUGCCGAGAAUACGAAACAAUCUUACUGAAAAACAAAAGGAAGACCUUAUGAAAUUUUGGAGAAAGAGAAUGCGAAGACCAACUUCAAAUCUUGUUUCGGAUGCAUUUGCAAUAUCUGGACUUUCAGUACCAAAAGUUAAAAUUUCCGGUUAUGGGGUAAAGCUUGGGCUCUCUGAGACUGAAAAAGAAGGUUGGAAAGAUAAAGUUGAUCAACAGCCAUGUAAUGAAGAAAUGGAUGACAAACAAAGAAACAGUUUAAUAACUAAACAGCUGAAAAUCAUGACACAAGUGACGGAAACUUUGGAUAAAGAUGGAGUGGUUAUGGGUGGAUUGUCAUAUUUUAAUGGGACCUUUAAUGUAUUUGGAACCUCUACGUCGAUGUCAUAUUUUAAGCAGGGAAACAUACAAAGAGAAUUUUUAUCCCACAUGAACCAAAUUAACCUAUCCGAAGAAAAAGAGAAUAAGCACGAAGUGCUAAGAAAGCUUAAAACAGAGGUUCAAAAAAUCUACAACGAAAAUUAUUCAGAAGCUGUUGGGCAAACAGCAAGAAUGCCAUAUUCAAAAAUCUAUGAGUUUGGAUUGAAGAUGAAUGGUUUGCCCGGUCGGAUACCAUUUAAAUGCCCGUCCGGAUAUGGCCCAGCAGCAUGCAAGAAAAUGACUCAAUAUAAAGAAAAUUUAAAACUUUUGCUGCACCAGUAAGUGUUUAGAUUUUGAGGAAAUAAGUAUAUUGUGAGGCUGUGAGCCAUGGAUUUGGAAACUUUUUGGCUAAGAUUACAUUUUGCAAAUAUAUCUUGGUAAACAAGUACAAGCAAUCAAAAUAAUAGUCACCUGGGCCCUGGCUUUUCCUAGCAUGCUUGUUACGAUUGGAUUAUUUUAGUUGAUUGUUGUUACAAAUGGAUUGUUAUGUUAUGGAAAGUCACGAAAAAAGUUGUAACAAUCAUGCCAAGAUUGAAUUUAUCCUAUAUCUGUUCACAUAGGUUCCACAUUCCAGACUUAUGGUUUAAGAAAGCAAUAAUACAUGCAUAUACAUAGGUAUGCUUUAAAGGUCAAACUAUGUUUUGGUAAUGAAUUAGGAAAAAAACUUUUUCGAUAGUACUUUGAUUUACACUUUUAGUGUGUCUUUUGUUUGUGGACAUGUACUCAGUUUACAUUCACUUGUAUUCUUGUUAUCAUAUAAUAAAGGGGUUUAAAAUAG